CUUUACUAAUCACACAUCAAUUGUGUAUUGUUAUUUUUUAAAUAUAUGAGUAGUAUAUUAAACAUAGUUUUAGUUUGAAUAUAACUUACCACAGAAAUCAUGAAAUUAAAAUAAUUUUCAUUCAUUCUGUCAUAUAUAAAUGCAUUUGAAAUUAUUAAUAAAUUUUAAAUGUGCAAGACAUGUUUAAUAAAAUUGAUUAUGAUAUUAAUAAAAUUGACUUUUGCAGAGCAUCAAGAUCAUAUAAUCUAUUGGGAUGCUAGUAAUUCAAUAUUUCAAGAAAAUCCUGAUGAAUUGUAUGUCAAUGAGGGAGAUAAUUUGAUUUUUAUUUGUUCACCAAAUCGAACACAUGUAAGAAAUCUUUACUGGACAAAUGAUUCACGAGUAAAAAUGAAAUGCAAUAAAACAAUAUCAAUAAAAGUUAUUAAACUUUUAGAUUGUUUUAGUAAUAAGUCAUUGAAUGAAUUUGUACUUAAAGUUAGUCGAUUCCCAGAGAUCACAUCACUUCCUAGUUUUGAUUACAAUAUACCUGUACACUUUAUAGCUCAUUCAUUUACAUGUCAGAAAAAUAACAUCCGAUUAAGUUUCAAGUUAGCAAAGAAUUCUAUGAAUGAUAAAAAUAAUUCUCUUGUUUCUGAUGUUUUAAAGUCGUUUAUAUCAGAAACUCAAUUAAUUGGUCAAAACAAAUCUGUGUCCAUUGUAAAUAGAACGUUACAGUACCAUUCAAAAACCAAACUAGUUUUAGAAACUUCAGUCACAUACAGAAAUCAUACUUUUAUUAUCAAAGAACAAACAAUAGACUGGGAAGAAUAUAAAUUUUUACUUGUCCCAGCUAUAUUUGCAUUUCUUACACUGAUUGGUAUACAGAUUAUUUUAUGCAGUUUUUGGCUACCAAAUUCAAUUGUAAAUAAAUUUAUAGCUUACUUUAAGAAGUGUAAAUGUAAAAGAACAUCAAAAGAUCAAUCAAAUCAAACAUGUUACAAGCAUGAAAUAAAACAUUUGUACUUAAAUAAUAUUGCUUCAAUGUCUAGAAUACGUUCAUCAAAAGAAUGCAUCAGCAUAACAAGCCCAUAUUAAUGUAAAUGUUUAACUGAACCGAUUGAAUUACAUACAAAUUCUUGCACCAAGUGUACACUGGGACAAAUACGUCCAACAUAGUAUUAUUAUCAUUUGAUAAAGAUGAUUUGAACAACUUUACAUUCUACAUUAUGGUUAAUGAAUAUACAUAGAGGAAAUAAAAACUAAUGGCAAUCUGUGUCUUUAGAAUGCUUUGUAUAAAAAUAUAUGAUUAUGCUGUCGACAGUUCAUAGCUCUUGUAAUCAAUUAACUUCUUUAGUAAAUCAGGAUCAAAAUGAAUAAUUAUGUUUAUUCAAUUCGUAAACCAUUUGUACUAGUGAAUCCGUCAGUUCAAUUAUUAUCAGUCAGUUAAUCCAAGUUGUAAAAAUGGAAGUCAUAAUAGUUUGACGAAAUAUUUAUAUUUUAGAUCUUGGCAAUGGAUUCAUUCCUUACUUUUGAAUUUUUAUUUCAAAAGUGUUGCUUGAAAGUAAAAAAGGACUCAGCGAAAAUUCUGUUUUUUUCAUAAAUUUAUUUUUGAAACCCUUAUAGAUGUUAUUUUUAGUGUAUGAAUACUACACUAAGUACGUUUUUGGAUUCAAGCUAACAGGAAUAUGUUACAGAAAUUUACAUUCAAAAUAGGAUGGCUUUGGUCUUAGCACAUUACUUAAAAUCAUCAGAGAGAUUAGUUUCCAGUAAUAAGAUAUUUCCUCAUUGAAAUGAUGUAUAACGUACGCAGAGAAUUCUUGGCUAGAGAGGCAGUUAGAUAUUUCGCUACGCAUUGGAAAUGAGUCGUCACUUCAGAUUUACUAUUGAUUACUUUCAUCUGCCUAAUGUAUAAUGCUUGGUAUAAAAUGCUCAAACUUUAGUCAUUGUUAUCCUUUAUGAGACUUCACAGGCAAAAUCAAUAAAAAUAAAUCAUUUUUGAUGAAGUUUAUUUAUGAAUAAAAUACUCUAAAGCAGUAUUUUUUACUAUGUAUCGAGUUUUAUCUUAACUACGGAAAUUUUCUCCCCAACGUUUCUUUUUUAUUUGCUUUCCAUUAAGUUACUGACUAUAAAUCAAUAGUAUGUGUUAAAAGAAAGAAAUUUCAGAACUAUGAAUGCUUCCAUGUAGAAAGUAUUUUUUAUUUUUGUUGUCCGUCAUAUGUUUUGAAAACAAUUUGAAAAUCACAUAACAACGAAACUGUACAUUAAAAGAAAAAUCUUCGUAAA